UUGUGUGAGUGGGAGAGAAAAAGAGAGAGAGAGAAAGAGUAGUGAUGGUCGACGCCAGCCUGCCACCACUCUGCAGCACUGAGUGGCUGCAACAAAAAGCACAGAAUAACAUCCCAGGCACUCUGCUUGGCUUUUUUUCUCUCUUCUUGUGUCUCAGCAAGCAGAUGAGGGCUCUGCGGAGGCAAUGUUACGACUUAGCUGGCGUCAGAAGCUGAUUCUUUGGAUGCCAUCAACAAGUUAGGGGUGAUGGACUGGAGCGCAGAAAGGAAAAAGGCUUCAUCUUGAAGUAACAGGCUGAUCUGACAUCAUUGCAGUGGAAAGGAAGUAAAAAAGAAAAAAAAAGGGAGGAGAACCUUUAUCAGAUUCGCACGGGCUGCAACUGCUCAACUUAAAAAGAUCAGCUCUAUUUCUAGAGAUUGCCGGAUGCAGACGACAAUUUAAACCACGAUUGGAUUUUAUGGGAGAGCUAAGAAAAAGUGGAAUAAACAUCCUGGGAUAUGGAAAUGUCGAUUUUCUCUCUGCGUGGGCUCAGUCUUGUUUCAUUUCAAAAGCAAUUGGUUCAUUUUGCGCUUUUCCAAAAAGGUUCUCUCCAUUUGGAUUUUUUUUUCAUGUGGUUGCUCAAAAAGUCUGCGGAGAAGGACAGUUGAAUGCAGAUUCAGAUGUGCACAAAAGGAUGGGUUUUCAUUCAAGGUGGCCAUUGGUGGGACCUGCACCAGCGGCUCUUUGUCUGUACAUGAUCAGCAUGCUCCUUGUGUGCCUGCUGCCUUCUGCAUCAUGCACAACCUGCCCACAAAAAUGCCGCUGUGAGGACCUGCAGUUCUACUGCGACACCCAGGGACUUCAGGCACCCCCAGAUGGUGUGGACAAGGGGGCCCUUGGGCUUUCACUACGGCACAACAGCAUCACUGAACUCAGCCCCGAUCAAUUUUACGGCUUCAGUCAGCUCACCUGGUUACACCUGGACCACAACCAGAUAACUACGGUUCAAGAAGAUGCCUUCCAAGGGCUCUACAAGCUGAAGGACCUCAAUCUGAGCUCAAAUCGUAUCACCAAGUUGCCCAAUACAACCUUCAUCCACCUCAUUAAUCUGCAGAUUCUGGAUCUGUCCUUCAAUCAGAUGACCGCUCUGGAACCUGAACUGUUUCAUGGAUUAAGAAAGCUCCAAAUUCUCCACCUACGUUCCAAUUUACUUCGUACCACACCUGUGCGGGCAUUCUGGGACUGCCGCAGCCUGGAAUAUCUUGGUCUGAGCAGCAACCGCCUCCGGAGUCUAGCACGAAAUGGUUUUGCUGGGCUCAUUAAACUCAAAGAGCUCCACUUGGAGCACAAUCAGUUGACAAAAAUCAACUUGGCCCAUUUCCCACGCCUCGUGGGUCUCCAAUUUCUGUAUCUGCAGUGGAAUAAGAUCAACAACAUAACGUGUGGCAUGGAGUGGAGCUGGACCACUUUAGAGAAGCUAGACCUCACAGGAAAUGAAAUCCGUGUCUUGACACCUGAUGUCUUUCAAACGCUGCCAAAUCUCAAGAUUUUGCUCUUGGACAACAACAAAUUAAGCAGUCUGGAUGCCCAAGUCAUGGAUAUGUGGCAGUCUCUCAGUACUAUUGGAUUGUCUAGCAACCUUUGGGAAUGUACCAAAAGGAUUUGUUCUCUAGCCACCUGGCUAAGCACCUUCAAGGGAAGGUGGGAACACUCCAUUCUAUGCCAUAGCCCUGAAUAUGCCCAAGGUGAGGAAAUACUUGAUGCCGUGUAUGGAUUCCAACUUUGCCAGAAUUUUUCAGCACCUGUUGUUCCGAGCACGAGUACAACCACAGACGCUACCACGGCUGCAGAGAUGACGAGCUCCUUUUUUGGAAUAAUGCAGCCAACCCUUACGCAGGACUAUCCUUGGGAUAACUGGAGCUGCUCCACAUUCGCAACCACAACACAAACACCGAUCAUUUCUCAACCAACCACCACUGCAUUGGAAGAGACGCCUGUAACAGACGACUUCACGAUCAUGGACAACACCAUUAUGACUCAUAGGGUUAUCAUGGGGACUAUGGCUCUUCUGUUUUCAUUCUUUUUCAUUAUUUUUGUUGUAUAUAUUUCACGGAAGUGCUGCCCACCCACCCUGCGCCGGAUACGCCACUGUUCCGCUAUUCAGAACCGCCGACAGAUGAGGACCCAGCAGCGGCAGCCUAUGGCAGAUCUAGCUACACAGGUGCCCUAUAAUGAAUAUGAACCCAGCCACGAAGAAGGCGCACUUGUGAUCAUUAAUGGCUAUGGGCAGUGCAAGUGUCAGCAACUGCCUUACAAAGAGUGUGAAGUAUGAACUCUAAUUUAUUUCUAGGACAUAUGGUUUGCCAUUUGACCAUUUGAUGAUACAGGGUUUGCUUUUUGGAUUCGUUUUCCAGUUCAUGUUAAAGAAAAAUAAUUUAAAAAAAAAGCCGAAUUUCUACUUUCCGUGAUUUGAGAAAACAUGAUCAAUGUUUAUUGAUCCGGUGACACACAUGACAGUGUUAGGGUGGUGUAGAGAUAGGCAUACAUUUAUUUUUCUAUGUACGGAAGUUGUUUGUACAAGGCAGGGGCAAUCAUUUUGAAGAAGAAAAGUGUGUCAACUGUGAGACGUCUCCACCUUAUGUCAAUAUUCCUCAAUAAGUAGAAACAUUGCGUCCUGAUUUUAUAGAUAUUUGAAAUCACUUCUUUCCACACCACAGACACUGUAAACAAAGCCACCAACAUAGACUGAACAUUGUCUAAAUUGAAUUGUUCUGAGACAUUUGCAUUCACAAGUUACAAAUCACCGUUCCUGUGAACAAUCUAUUUGACACACGAAUGAGCCAAGCCCAUUUCUAAAUGUUUUAUGUUUGUUGCAACACUGACAUACACCUCCAACUACAGUGAAACAAAGUCUUAUGCCUUCUGCAAUACAAUGAGUUUAUUUGAUUUGAACAUAACGUACAGAAAUUGUACACACAUUCUCAAAAACAGUACUUCUACCUUGCUAUUGCCCAGGUCGAUUGUGAGGAAAAGAAACGCCAAUGAAUAGUGUACGUAACGGCAGCGUUUCAUUGUUGGGCCGGCGGGGGGACGGAGGGGAUCAAACAUUUCAGUAUCCCAGGCUCUUUACAGCAAAAACACUAUUAAUGACCGACAGGCCCAGGAUUAAACCAAUUACAGCAGGGCAAAAGAAUUAAAUAUUCUGUCCUCUCCAUCAGUGAGUCGGCAACAUUUAUUCAUCCGCAAAUAUAGUUCUUAAUAGACUCAAAUCUCUACAGCAAAUAAUAGAAUAUAUUAAAGUUUAUUUUUCAUUGUUUUUAUUCAGAGAAAGACUAUUUGCAGACUUGUAUACAACAGUUACUAGGUGUGGCAGGUCAACCUAAAAUUUCGACAAUGCCAUGAAGACAAAUGGACAUCAAGUGAUAAGCAAACAGCAAGCCUGGGUCAGGAGACAUUUGUAUGCAGGAGGGAGAGGGUGUGCAUUAGCAUCAGACUAAAGCUACUGCCGCAGCUCCGCACUUUGUGCUCAGAUUGGUGAUGGGGGGCAGGGUGAAGGAGAGAACCACAGAGGAUAUGAUGCGAAGCAUGGAAGGAGCAACUUGAGGUUAGGGCUUUUAUUUAAAGUAAUGUGCAUAUUUUUGAGUUUUUGAAAAAUGUGGAACAAUAAACACUGAUUGACAAGACAUUUUCUUUGCUCUGAAAACUCUACAAUGUACUGCAACAUUUUCACCAAAAUGUGUCAGCUUUUGAACAUGUCAAGAAAAUGUUUGAUUAAUUGACCAACAUUGGAACAUUCCAAAACACCCUAACAAACCCACGUUACUCAUCAAGUUGGUUUGAAACAUUUUGCCUGUGUGGCAGUACAUUUUCAUGUGUUUUUAUCCAUCAAAAAAAUACAUUUAAAAGCAAAGGAAAAUAGGAGUCCCAAAAUCAAGCAGCUCUGCUGUGUUUUUCUACUUUUGAUUUCACAUUGCUAUUAUAACAACCCGUUUAUUUGUCUUGCAUGUUUUAAAGUGCCACUCAGGACACAGAGACGUUCAUUUAUGGUACAGCAAAAGCAAGGAUUAUAUGGCAUUCCAAUAAAGUAAACAUCUCACUGUUAAAAUCUAUGGUUGUACCAUGUGAUGGAAAAGCCACAGCAUUUGUAGAAAUAUGCAUCCCUCUGCACUUUGGCUCUUUGUAUAAUGUUUUGGUUUCCUCGUCAUCCUCUAGGCUCCCUAUACCCACCCCCAAAAAAUAAAAGGAAAAAACAAGCAAACAGAAUCCCUCCCUCUCUUACCCAGCAUUUUCGUGUAAAAUGAAUGCUUUGCAUAUUUUGUAUUGUAAAUGUAUGAUUUCAUAUCUGUAUAGUGCAUACAAUGUGCCAUCAUCAUAAAAAAAAUAUCGUCAAACAUUACAGUAUAUUUUUAAAUAAAAUUGUUCAAUUAA